AUGGCGGCCAGACAAACCAAGUUCAAGGUGGCUGCCGCCCAUGCAGCACCGGUGUUCAUGAACAAAGCUGCGACAAUCAAGAAGACGAUUGCUUUGAUCGAACAAGCUGCAGUGGACGACAUCAAGCUGCUUGUGUUUCCGGAAACGUUCAUUCCCGGCUACCCUUACUGGGCCGAAUGCUAUGCCCCGUUGAAACAAGUCGGCGCAUUGGCCCAGUAUGCUGAGGAGAGUGUUGUAGUGGAGCCGAAUGGAGAGGAUGUCAGCGCUAUUCAGGAUGCGUGCCGGCGUACUGCUGUUGCCAUCAAUCUCGGCGUCUCUGAGCGGGUUGCAAACGGACACACCUUGUUCAAUUCACAAGUCAUCAUCGACAAUGACGGAACAAUUCUGGGAGUCCAUCGCAAGCUUCAGCCAACCUAUGUUGAGCGCUACAUCUGGGCCCAGGGCGAUGGUAGUACUCUGCGCAACUGGCCCUUGUCGCUUGGCUACAACCUUGGAGGUCUCGCAUGUUGGGAGCACACUAUGAAUGGCGCUCGCCAGGCGUUGCUCAUGCAAAACCAGCAUAUACAUGCGGGAGCAUGGCCAGCUCUUUCGACAAUGGCUGGAUUUGAAGCUGUCGCAGACGCACAAAUUGAAGCUUUAAUGAAAGCACAUGCUUUGACUGCACAAGUUUUCGUCAUCACAGCUUCCAACUACGUCGACAAUACCUGUCUCAGCUGGAUGGAGGAGAACCUCGGCCAGCAAGACCUUGUCAAAGCGGGAGGCGGCUGGUCGUCCAUCAUAGCUCCCUUCUGCAACUUCAUUGCAGGCCCGCACACAGGUGGUGAAGAGAAACUAGUGCAAGGAGAAAUCGAUUUUGCGCAGCUCGGUGCUGUCAAAGUUUGGAUCGAUGCCGCGGGACACUACCAACGCCCAGAGAUUCUUCAGUUCGGUUUCGAUGCGCGCCCUCACUGGGCCGACGAGAAGACAGAUCGCUUCAAGAUCCGUGCUGAGGAGAAGAAGCCAAAGGAUGAAUGGAACGAUCAGACGCAAUGA